UGUCCAGGGAGGGAAGCUGAUUCCCUGCUCCGUGUUCAUCUUGUCAGAGGCACUCACCAGCCAUCCAGCUCUCGGUGGGGAAACUGAGGCAAAGAGAAAUGACCACGUGGGACCAGGGUCCUGUCUCCCUAGUCUGGGUCACUGCACCGUCCUUGCAGACUUGGCUACCCAGAGCAGCGAAGAGGAGUGGCCCUGCCCUGGAAGAAUGCGGCUCUGCCGAAGGGGCAGAACCCGACGCAGUCUCCCCACGGUUUGAGAAGCCCGAGCACAGGCGACCCAACCUUGCCGGUAGUCACCUCGAACCAGAGCAGCAGGCCCUGAUCGAUCUGCCCACCGGGGCCUUCGGGCCCGGGCUUCGACAUGCCGGAGGAGCCCCGGCCGCGGCCUCCGCCCUCGGGCUUCGCGGGUCUCCUGUUCCUGGCGUUGUGCAGUCGGGCCUUCAGCAAUGAGAUUCUGGGCCUGAAGCUGCCCGGCGAGCCGCCGCUGACCGCCAACACCGUGUGCUUGACGCUGUCGGGCCUGAGCAAGCGGCAGCUGGGCCUCUGCCUGCGCAGCCCCGACGUGACGGCAUCCGCGCUUCAGGGCCUGCACAUCGCGGUCCACGAGUGUCAGCACCAGCUGCGCGACCAGCGCUGGAACUGCUCCGCGCUCGAGGGCGGCGGCCGCCUGCCGCACCACAGCGCCAUCCUCAAGCGCGGUUUUCGGGAGAGUGCUUUUUCCUUCUCCAUGCUGGCGGCAGGGGUCAUGCAUGCGGUCGCCACGGCCUGCAGCCUGGGCAGGCUAGCGAGCUGCGGCUGCGGCUGGAAGGGCAGUGGUGAGCAGGACCGGCUGAGGGCCAAGCUGCUGCAGCUGCAGGCUCUGUCCCGGGGCAAGAGUUUCCCCCACUCCCUCCCCAGCCCUGGCCCUGGCUUAGGUCCCAGCCCCGGCCCCCAGGACACGUGGGAAUGGGGUGGCUGUAACCAGGACAUGGACUUUGGAGAGAAGUUCUCUCGGGAUUUCUUGGAUUCCAGGGAAGCUCCCCGGGACAUCCAGGCAAGAAUGCGAAUCCACAACAACAGGGUGGGGCGACAGGUGGUAACUGAAAACCUGAAGCGGAAAUGCAAGUGUCACGGCACUUCGGGCAGCUGCCAGUUCAAGACCUGCUGGAGGGCGGCCCCAGAGUUCCGGGCGGUGGGGGCAGCGCUGAGGGAGCGGCUGGGUCGGGCCAUCUUCAUCGAUACCCACAACCGCAACUCCGGAGCCUUCCAACCCCGCCUGCGUCCACGUCGCCUUUCGGGAGAGCUGGUUUACUUUGAGAAGUCUCCUGACUUCUGUGAGCGAGACCCUACUGUGGGCUCCCCCGGCACUCGGGGCCGGGCAUGCAACAAGACCAGUCGUCUGCUGGACGGCUGCGGCAGCCUGUGCUGCGGCCGUGGGCACAAUAUGCUUCGGCAGACGCGAGUUGAGCGCUGUCAUUGCCGCUUCCAUUGGUGCUGCUACGUGCUGUGCGACGAGUGCAAGGUCACAGAGUGGGUCAACGUGUGUAAGUGAGGGACAGCUUCACCGCAGGGCUGGCAGAGGGCAGGAGUGCCUUUUCAGUCUUUUGCUCCGAUUUCUGGCCAGGGUCAAUAUCAACUCCUAGAAGCUCAAAGCAUCGGCCUGGAAGCAGCUCUGGGGGUGGUGGGGGUCAGGCAGAGUCUGUGACGUGCAGCCUUCUCCCCCACAGUAGGAGGGCCCGGGCGGGAAAGCUGUCACCCUCUUCUUCUGCUCCUGAAACAGCUGAAAUGAACGAAGACUACAUGCACUGUAUUGCCUCCCUCUCCCCAAUCCUGGAGUCAGUCCCUUUAGCUCUGGUUCUUACUCCUUCUGGCUGGGGUGUCCUUGUAGUUUGACCACUCCUCUCCUUUGAGGAAUAGCCCCAGGCAUUGUGUGGAGCCAUAGACCUGUAACAGGGAUACCACUCCUUCCUGUCUGCUGAUCCCAAACUCCUCUACAGCAGCCUGGGUCCCUUCCUGUGAGGGAAUAGGAGACAGUGGUAGAGAGGUUUUUCUUGGGGAAGGGACAGAGUGCUGGAGGAGGGCUCUCCCUCGAGUCCUCAGAGAGUUGUUUGUCUAGGCCCUUAGGAAAACUGUCUCCCCCAUUCAGAUGUUAAAGGAAACCCUCCAAAGGAAGAAUUUUACCUAAGACUCUCUGAGCCUUUUAUUUGUUCCUUAGCAGGAGGGAUGGGAAUGGAUAAUUUAUUGUACUGAGACUUGUUCUUGGUUUCUGUCUGUAACUAAAAUAAAUUAAAC